UUUUCAAUAGAACAAAAGCUAAAAAUAUAAACGUCAGCUUUGCUUCACCCGUUUUCUAAAUCUGGGUACUCCAAAAUUUCAGUUCUUUGAAAGCUAAUGCCUAAUCUUUCAAAAAAUAAAAAAAACUUUAUUAAAACCAUUUCUUUUUUCUUUCUUUCUCUUUCGUUAUAAUGCUUGCUUGAGGGUCCGAGGCUUUUAGUUUUUUAAAGCUCCACUUCAGAUCUCGACAGAUCUUAUUUGCUUUCCUGAAGUUCUUUUUUUGUUUGUUACAAAUAUAUACUUUUUGGUGGGCUUAUUCUUUGUUUUUCUCCCAUCUGAGUACUAGAUUUCAUUGUUUGGUGUGCUGUUUUGGUUCAAAUUUGCUUACUUCAAGUAGCAUUUAUUGAGAGCUUUGAAAAACAGGAGGACAUGGCUUUGGCUCGAUUUGGUCGACAAGUUAAGCGCCAGCAUGGGGUUUGUGUGAAGAUGACGGCAGUGGCAAUCUUGGGUCUUUGUUUUAUUUUUGUUUGGUCUAUGUUUUCUUCUCCUUCUAAUUCUGUUACUGUUCAAAGGGAGAGCUUUGAUGACAUCGCUGAACCUGUAGCUUCAAGCACAAUGGUAAGCAAAUCUAAAGGAAAAGAUAUAGAAAAACAUGAUGCAAAUGACAACAAAAAGAAGGUUGAAUCUAGUUUAAAGGAAAAAGAUGACAAAAAGGUUAAUGGGUCUUUGCCUUUACCUGCUCAUGAACAUAAAUCUGGGAAAAAGAAUGAGAAACAUGUUUCAAAGAGGAAAAAAGACAAGGUUAAGUCGAAGUUAUCCAACAAAGUAUCAAAAGAAAAUCAAGAGAAUCAGGAGCAAGAAGAAUCUCAGGGUGAAGAAGCCGAGAAGGAGAAUGAAGAUGAGGAAGAAGUGGUAGUGGAUGACAAGGAAGAAGGAUUAGAUGGUGAAAGUGAAGAAAAGGGGGAGAUGGAAGGUGAUGCUGACGUGGAUGAAUCAGUAGAUCAAGAGACACAGGAGAUGGCGGAAAAUGAGAAUGAAGGGAAGAAGAGAAAGAUCAAAGGUCCGGUUUUCGAUCCGAAAGCACAUUAUAGUUGGAAACAAUGUAGCACAAGGAGCAAGCAUAAUUAUAUCCCAUGUAUUGAUGUUGAAAGUGGCUUCACAAGGCUGCACGGCUAUAGGCAUAGAGAGAGGACUUGCCCGAAAGCUCCUCCAAUGUGUCUUGUUCCCCUUCCCCAUGAUGGUUAUGAUUCUCCCGUGCACUGGCCUGAGAGCAAAUUGAAGGUAUUGUACAAGAAUGUGGGUCAUCCAAAGCUAGCAGCGUACAUGAAGAACCAUAAUUGGUUGAUUAAAUCUGGGGAAUAUUUAAUGUUCCCUCAGAACCAAUCUGAAUUCAAGGGUGGAGUUGUUCACUACCUUGAAUCCAUUGAAGAGAUGGUACCAGAUAUUGAAUGGGGAAAGAAUAUACGUGUAGUGCUGGACGUUGGAUGCUCAGAUUCAAGCUUUGUGGCCUCUCUUCUUGAUAAGGAUGUAUUAACAUUGUCACUGGGCUUGAAGGAUGAUCUUGUCGACCUAGCACAGGUUUCCCUUGAACGCGGUUUUGCUACGUUUGUUAGCCCCUUUGCAAGAAGAAGACUUCCUUUUCCUAGUGGAGUUUUUGAUGCUAUUCAUUGUGGUCGAUGUACAAUUCCCUGGCAUGCCCAUGAGGGUAAGCUUCUUCUAGAGAUAAAUAGGAUUUUGAGGCCUGGUGGAUACUUUAUUUUGUCAACUAAACACGACAGCAUCGAGGAGGAAAAUGCAAUGAGCACAUUGACUUCUUCAAUCUGUUGGAAUAUUCUGGCACAUAAAACCGAUGAUGUCAGUGAAGUGGGUGUUAAAAUAUAUCAGAAGCCUGAAUCCAAUGAUAUAUAUGUGUUAAGGAGGAGGAGAAAUCCACCUUUAUGCAAGGAGAAUGAAAAUCCUGAUGCUUCCUGGUAUGUUCCAAUGAAAACUUGCUUGCAUACUGUUCCAUCUGCAAUUGAACAACAUGGGACAGAGUGGCCCGAGGAAUGGCCUAAGAGGCUCGAAACAUAUCCGGAUUGGUUGAACAACAAAGAAAAAGCGAUUGAUGAUACCAAGCACUGGAAAGAUAUUGUUGACAAGUCCUAUCUUACUGGACUGGGCAUUAACUGGUCAACUAUCAGGAAUGUGAUGGACAUGAAAGCCAUCUAUGGAGGAUUUGCUGCUGCACUUUUACAACAGAAAAUUUGGGUGAUGAACGUGGUCCCUGUCCAUGCACCGGAUACACUUCCCUUCAUUUUUGAACGCGGACUCGUUGGCAUCUACCACGAUUGGUGCGAGCCUUUUGGGACUUACCCCAGAUCGUAUGACCUGUUGCACGCUGAUCAUUUUUUCUCCAGGCAAAAAAACAGGUUAGUUACCAUUGAACUUUACUGUCAUCUGUAUAAAGAUGUUUUGUCUGCACUCUUAUCACUCUCAUUGGUGGAUUCGAGUCAUUGUGCCACACCAAAAAUAUCAUAUUUUGCAGGUGUAAGCACCCUGUUUCAAUUGUUGUUGAGAUGGAUCGUAUUCUACGUCCUGGUGGUUGGGUGGUUGUGCGUGAUAAGGUCGAGAUACUUGAUCCCCUAGAGGCAAUUUUGAGAAGUUUACGUUGGGAGAUCAGAAUGACUUAUUCUCAGAACAAGGAGGGUAUCAUAUGUGCUCAAAAGACCAUAUGGCGACCUUGACAAUGACAUCUCUCCAUAUUUGUACAUUCACAAAUUUCACAAAACACAAUGCAUUCUCUUCUUUUGCAGAAACAUGAUUUAGAAGCCUCCUUUGUGUUGUUCUUUACGUCCAGGCUCAAUUUACGAACCAUGAAGGGUCGCUGAGUAUUCAAAUUUUGCGAGAUAUUUGUAAAUUAAUCAUCACAUUAACACGGCUGAUUCAAUUUAAUCUUCCCAAAGUUCAUUUGUAAGAAUACCUUAUGGGGUUAUUUGACACACUCUUGAUUACCUUUCUAUGUGAAAAUACAUAAUGAUUUUUGCUGGUAAAA